UAGCAUCUUGGUAACUUUGUUUUCAGACCUUGUCCUAAAUUUGUAAUACCUAACCUCUUAAAUGAUUUUUUAUUUUAUUUUUAGGUUUAAGAGCAUAACAUCUGACCUAACAAGUAGUUCAGAUGAAAGUUGCAUACCAUUACCAAUGGAAUUUUCCAUUAAAGCAGGGGCUCUCAAACUUUGUGAUACCACAACUGCCAACAGAGGAUUACGCAGGCAAAGCAUUUGUGAAAGAUGUCCAUGAAGAUUCAAUAACCGUUGCAUUUGAGAAUAACUGGCAGCCAGAGAGACAGAUUCCAUUCCAUGAUGUCAGGUUUCCUCCACCUACAGGGUACAAUAAAGAUAUAAACGAAAGCGAUGAAGUUGAGGUUUAUUCCAGGGCUAAUGAAAAGGAACCAUGUUGCUGGUGGCUGGCUAAAGUGAGAAUGAUAAAGGGUGAGUUUUAUGUAAUAGAAUAUGCUGCUUGUGAUGCUACCUACAAUGAAAUUGUCACAAUUGAGCGUUUGAGAUCCGUGAAUCCUAACAAACCUGCAACAAAGGAUACUUUUCAUAAGAUUAAGCUUGACGUCCCUGAAGAUUUAAGGCAGAUGUGUGCUAAAGAAUCUGCACACAAAGAUUUCAAAAAGGCAGUUGGAGCAUUUUCUGUAACAUAUGAUGCUGAGGCCCAUCAGCUUAUCAUUUUGUCUAUUAAUGAAGUAACAACAAAGCGUGCAAAUAUGUUAAUUGAUAUGCACUUUCGAAGUCUUCGCACCAAGUUAUCACUGAUAAUGAGAAAUGAAGAAGCAAGCAAACAGCUAGAGAGUUCAAGGCAGCUUGCUUCCAGAUUUCAUGAACAGUUUGUUGUACGUGAAGAUCUCAUGGGUCUGGCUAUUGGCACUCACGGUGCUAACAUUCAGCAAGCCCGGAAAGUGCCAGGGGUGACAGCAAUUGAUCUUGAUGAAGACACUUGUACAUUCCAUAUUUAUGGGGAGGAUCAAGAUGCAGUGAAGAAGGCAAGAAGUUACCUUGAAUUUGCUGAAGAUGUCAUCCAAGUCCCAAGAAACUUAGUAGGAAAGGUUAUAGGAAAAAAUGGAAAACUCAUUCAAGAGAUAGUGGAUAAAUCUGGAGUUGUGAGAGUGAGAAUUGAGGCUGAAAAUGAUAAAAAUAUUCCACAGGAAGAGGGAAUGGUUCCGUUUGUCUUUGUGGGAACCAAGGACAGCAUCACGAAUGCCACCGUUCUUUUGGAUUAUCACCUCAACUAUUUAAAGGAAGUGGACCAGCUCCGUCUGGAGAGGUUGCAGAUUGAUGAACAGCUUCGACAGAUUGGGGCCACAUCGAGGCCACCCCCAAAUCGCCCAGAUAAAGAAAAGGUGUAUAUGACUGAUGACGGUCCUGGCCUCGGAAGGGGUGGCCGACCUUACAGGAACCGAGGGCACAGCCGGCGUGGCCCGGGCUACGCUUCAGGAACUAACUCUGAAGCAUCAAAUGCUUCUGAAACAGAGUCUGAUCACAGAGACGAGCUUAGCGAUUGGUCAUUAGCCCCAGCUGAAGAAGAACGAGACAGCUACCUGCGCAGAGGAGAUGGGCGAAGGCGCGGAGGAGGUGCGCGUGGCCAAGGAGGAAGAGGCCGGGGGGGAUUCAAAGGAAAUGAGGAACAGUCAAGGACAGACAACCGUCAACGCAAUUCAAGAGAUGCUAAAGGGAGAACAACAGAUGGGUCGCUUCAGAUCAGAAUUGACUGCAAUAAUGAAAGGAGUGUCCACACUAAAACAUUACAGAAUACCUCCAGCGAAGGUAGCCGGCUGCGCACGGGUAAAGAUCGUAACCAGAAGAAAGAGAAAACGGACAGCGGAGAUAGUCAGCAACCGUUGGUGAAUGGCGUGCCCUAAACUGCAUAGCUUGAGAAGUCGUAUUUCCUAAACUGUUCCAGUAAAUCUUAUUCCACAUUAGAGAAACUUGUUAGGCCAAAGACAAAUAGUAGGCAAGAGGGCGCAGGGCAUGAAAUAUAAAACGUUCUGUUAGCCUUUUUUAACAUCAGCAGUAUGCAGUUUUUUUUUCAAAAUAAGACAUUAUACUUGCAUUAAAAUACCUUGAACUUCUGAAAAAAUGCUUUCAAGUACAUAUUGCACUUCAAACAAUGAAAGAAUUCCUUUUGUUUGUUUUAAAAAUACUGAACUGUGCAUUGGUAUUUCUGUUCAGUUGUACCAUUUUAACGCAUCUGGUCAAAAUCACUGCUAAAUUUCAAUUUUCAGAAUAAAUAGUGUUUGCGGUAAUCAAAUUGGGCUUCUGUUUUCAAUCUAUUAAAACUUCCUCAUUUAAAAAAAUAAAUAAAAGCUAUGUUUUAUGUCCUGUGUCAGUUCACACUUUCGGUUCACUUUUUCAGUAUUUUAGUGAACCUGGAUCUAUGUGUAAUGUAACUAAAUUGUCAUUUUCAUUAGCAAAAAGUUGUAUGGUAUGUGCCUUUUUUAUAUCUUGGCAGGUAGGAAUAUUCUAUUUGGAAGCAGAAAUCAGGGAAGAUGAGUUGGAAAUGCUGAACUCUGUUGUGUUCAGGUGUUCGGCCUGAUGAGGGUGCAGAAGCCCACGUAAGCGCCACGGGACCAGCUCCCUGGCUCUGGCUCCGUUGUCUUCAGAUGUACCCGCCCGGCCGUCUACGUGCCCGGAUUGGCCCAAGCCCCCCGAGAAGGCAGAGUCCUGGCAGCUCGGAGGCUUCCGCUCAUUCAGAAGCAGCACUGGCCCUCCUGUACCCUCUUCAGGCAGAACUCCUGAAUAGGACUUCAAUGUACAAUAUAUAUGUAGCAAACCUUCUCCAACAAUUAGUACUUUAUUAGAAGAAUGCAUGCUUUCCAUAAUUUUUUCCUUGCAUAAACAUCAUUAGGCAGUUUAUAAGAUAGAAACCUAUUUUGCACUGAAGAUAAUGGCAGAUCAUGUUACUGAAAUGGUGGCUUUUUUGUUUUUGUUUUUUCCCCCCUUUUUAGUCAGGACAAGAUUUUUUUUUUUAAUGUAUAUUCCCCAUGGUGAUAAAACAGUUGAUGGUUACCGAGGGAACCUAAAAUUUGUUCGUAACGUGUGCCAGCUCUAUGGCCAGAGGACCAAUUUAAAAGAAUAGGCUUUUUCGUUCACUUCCCCUGCAGUUUUGAUAUUUAAAUUUGAGCCUAUCUCAGAUGAGAUAGGAAGAUGAUUGUGUUAUAUGUGGCUCUUUGUAAAAUUCAGGGAUAUACUGUAGUUUGACAGCAUUGGAUAUAGAACAAUUUUUUAAGGUCUCAUUCACAAGUAGCUUAAAAACCUGUAAUUGAAGUUGGUGUAAGGUUUAGUUGUCCAUAAUUGGGGAUGGGGCAUGCUUUCUAUUUCCGAUCAUGAAUGAAAUUUACAUGCAAAAAUAAACGCAGUAGGACAUUCAUUUUAAGCUAUUCUGUUUUUAUUAAAAUUACUCCAGUAGGAGUGUUGCUGAUUAUGUACAGAAUUGUACAAAUUGCAGCCCCAGUCUGUGUUGUUUUUUGUUUCUCUGCUUUUUCAUUUUAUUUUUUUUUCUUUGCAUACAAGCAAGCAUAUAAAAAUGGCAACAAACUGCACACAACUUAACAAAUAUUAAAAAAAAAAGUCUUAAAUAUUGCCAAACAUUAAAUGUUGAUUUCUAAUUAUUUAUUUUGGGGGAAUGUAUAGUAUUUGAAAACUGAAAUUGGUACCUUGCACACAUCAUCUGUAAGCUGUUUGGUUUAAAAUACUGUAGAUAAUUAACCAAGGUAGAAUGACCUUGUAAUGUAACUGCUCUUGGGCAAUAUUCUCUGUACAUAUUAGCUACAACAGAUUGGAUUUUAUGUUGACAUUUGUUUGGUUAUAGUGCAAUAUAUUUUGUAUGCAAGCAGUUUCAAUAAAGUUGGAUCUUCCUCUGCUAA